CAACCAUGUAGCAUCCUAACGCCGACACUACCUCGACGACGACCUGUUGCUAUUUGUUUGAACGGUUUGGCACACAUUUCUAGUAAGGAUCGAAGGUAGUGCGUCUGCCGUGUGGCCUCGUUCUAUAAGGGACCUGAUUCGGUGUUCCGUUUCCUUGGCAACUGAUAGUGGUAACAUGUUUGUUUGAAUAAAACAAAUUACACUGCUUUUCGUAGUUGCAUUUGUGGCACACGCCAGCGGACAAAAUCGGAUUGCAUCUUCGGACAGUGCUUCUUUUAAGCUAAAAUGGAUCAAAUAGAGGAAAGUGGUGAAGAUUCGCAAGCCCCAGAGUCGACGUUCGAAGAUGAUCUCGUCCCGAAAGAAAUCACGGACGAGUUUUUCGAGGAGCUGUGUGCGAAAGCUAACUUGACCGUCAAAGACUUACAGGGGAAUCAGCAAUAUGGGCUAGCAGAAGAUUUUCAGAAGCUGUUGAUAACCGGCCAAAAUCUGCGUCAGCAACUGAUUGAGGAACAGGAUCGAAUUGGGAAGAUGCAGGAUGAGGUUGCAGCGGCCGCCGGAAGAGUGGCGCAAGCUAUGCAGAUUUCGCAACGUGACCAAGACACAAUACAGACCCUGAAGUCUGAAAUUCAAGACGCGUGGAAGCGUGCGGACGCUGCUCAAACCCGCGAACAAAAUGCCCAAGAAGCGAUGAACCUGAUGAGGAACAAGUUUGAAAAGCUGCAUGCAGAUGGCGAUCGUUAUGGUGAUCGGGACGAAGAUGUUGGACCAUCGAUGAACAAACACAAGGAGGGUGUACUUCGCGAACGUGACCGAUUGUACGUGGAGGUGGAAGAGCUAAACCGGCGAUUACACACCCAGCGUCUGUACGUGGAGGAGUUGGAAAAGAAAUGUGCCGAUGCGGAAACAAAGGUGAAGGAUCUGUACAAGGUGGUGGAUGAAACCUCAAAUGAAGCGUUCCGUGAUAAGCGUCAGUUGGAAAGUUUGCAAACCGCUCAUAACGAAGUAACGGCCAAUCUGGAAAUAAAAACAGAUGAAGCCAAAUAUUUCAAAACCCUCGCAGAAUCAAAUCACAAAACCACGGUCCAACAAACCAUGCAAAUUGCGGCGAUUCGUACGAAUCUAGAGCGAAUCAUGACCACGAACAAUCUCACGCAAGUGAAGCUGGCCAAGGCGCAGGCAGACUUCGACAAUAUGGUGCAGCUAAAGGAAAAGGUGACCAACGAGCUCAAUACAAAGGUUAACAUCUUAAAGCUCAAAGAGGAUGAAAACAACAAGUUUCGGCUGGAGAAUGCCAAGUUGUUAAAAACUCGCGAGUUGCUGCAGAAACGCAUCCAGACGAUUGAAGCCGCGAAGGGUAUCAUCGAUCAAGAGGUGGUCAAACUCAAAAAUACGAUUGUCACCUUUGAGAAGGAACGUGAUGCUUCUAAGAAGUCCUUUGACGUUGCCAAGAAGCAGGUUGAUGCCGUACUGCGGGAACGUGAUCUCGUCCGGAAGGAUUUGGUUAAAGCAAACAAAACUAUUACUGAUCAAACGGAUCAGAUGAUGUUGCUAGAUAAGCAUCAGAAAACGCUGGAAAAUGAAAUCAAAGGCUACCAAGCGGCGGCCCAGAAGCAACAGACACUAAUGCUGAAGAUUGAGAAAGAUCGCGAUCGAAAUGCAGAGGAAGUACAAAAUAUGUCAGACAAAAUUGAGCAGCUUAACGAAGAUCUGCUGUAUAAGCAAAAAAUGAUUGGCGAACUUCGGGAAAAGCUGAAGGACGAUGAGGCAAAGCUGGUUCAAUGCCAAAAUUUGCUUGAAAUCACGCGCGGUGAACGGAACAUUUUCGAACGUGACCUUACAACGUGCAGCAAGGAGAUGGAAAGUUUGAAGGAGCGUUUGAAGAACGCCAUCCGAGCUGUUGACCAGUUGAAGGAGGAAAACGCCAACAAAAUGGCAGAGCUGUUUAAAGCGAACAAAACGAUCGAUAAAAAUGAAAAGGAAAAGCAGACACUAAAAACAGAGGUACAAAAUAUAAGCAUUGCGUUGCAGCAUUCCAAAUCCGAACUUAGCGAGAAGACGAACGAGAAUACUCGACUUAACAAGACACUUUCGGACGAUGCUACAAGUAUGCUCCGGCUGAAAAAACAACUGGAAGGAGCUAUUAAUGAGAAAGAUUUGGUGAAGGUUCAGCUAACGCAGCGUGUAGAAGAGAUUAAUAAUUUAACCGAAAAACUGAACAUGUUGAACAUGGCUCUCGAUCGUGGUGAAAAUCAGUACCGUGAGCGGUUGGAUGACAUUCGGCUGUUGAAGAUAGAAAUCAGCAACCUUCGCUCUCAGCGCAACCUUUUAACACGUGGGCUUGCAAAUACUGCCGACAUGCGCCAAGAAGUGCUGCAGUUGAACCGUGUUCUGAAUCAGGAGCGUGUGAAGGCGCGUGCCCUGGAGGAUGAAAUGCUCACACCAAUGAAUGUUCAUCGUUGGAGGAAGCUAAGUGGCAAGGAUCCCGAGAAGAUGGAUUUGAUAGUGAAGGUUCAAACAUUGCAACGCCGGGUACUAUAUCAGUCCGUCACUGUUUCGGAGCAGGAGAAAACCUUACAGCAGUCGGAGAAAAUGUACGACACAUUGAAGGAGGUAGUAGAGAAACUGCCAAGCCAUAAAGUCAAAGAACGACUUUCACUCACGCAACGGGCACUAACGGCACGUACGAAAAAAUUGAAAGCACUGGCAGCCGAAAUACGCAUCAAGGAACUGGAUUGCAAGAGCAAAGACAGUACACUGGACCAGCUUAAACAAGCACUGCUGGAAACCAAAAAGGAUUUGGCGAAGGAAAAACGCGAGAAAAUAAAAUUAGUCGAAAACCUACGAGGACAUCGGACCCAUAGCGUUUUGCAUGGUCCCUCCACUGAUACGGACUUUAUCGUGUUUCGCACAACCAGCCAGAGUGCUAACAGCGGCAAUUAUCGUACUUUGGGUUCAGGAUUCAGGGCAAUCUGCUGAGCAAAUUACCACACUUUGAUGUUGGAUUGGAUCGGUUUUGGCCAUUCAUCUCUACUAACGCAGCUUUCUUCGUGCGGUUUUAUUCACAUGCUCUGUAUUAUUAUAUUAUU